AUGGAAAACUCAGAUACAGACGAUGAAGAAGGUGAAUCUGGGGCCCAGCGCGGAAGUCAGAUGAACCAGUGGGUUCGGGAAGAAGAUUUCUAUGGAUUUGUAAAUAGCCUGAAUGAAGAAGAUUACAGGCUUACGAGGGAUAACGAUUUGCCAGGUACCGUAGGUGAAAACACAGAUGCAGAUUUGCUGAUAAGACUUCAACAAAUUACAGAGGACCCACCAGGAGAAUCAGAUGAAGAUAGAGGUGGAGGAGACCCUUCAGACGAUACGUCCAGUGGUGACACUCUAAUAGAGUUGAUUAUCUCUUUUGGGGAAGCUGAAAAUAGUACCACAGGAAGUGAGCAAGGAGAAGACGAAUCUCGGAUAACAGUGAGCCGGAGUAGUCCGGAAGGUGGUGAUUUCAGUUUCAGUGCAGGGAUAAGUUUUCACCUUAAUAAUGGAAGCCUGAGUCCAGGGAAUGAAUAUGCAUUAUCUCCAAGACGUGCCAGGGCAGAAAAUACAGAAAACAGACAGAGGCAAGUGGGAAAUCCACGUUCUGAGUCAACAUAUGCAACUCCAGCUAGAUCAGAACAAAGUGCAACUGAAGCAUUAAUAGAAGUCCCACCGACCAGAGGUCAGAGAAGAGCAAGAAGCCAGAGACCACACCAUGAUAGAACCAGAGCAAGAAUUGAAAGUCGGUCACCUCGGAAUUCAUUGAGUGAAAUUUCACAAAGAUCUCAUCAUAGUAUAUCAUCUCAGACUUUUGAUCAGCCUCUGGUAAAUGAGACUGAGAGGUGUUUUACCACUCGACAGCAUGAGACAUUGAGACAGCAAGCAACUGGACCCGAGUUGCAAACUAGGCAUCUUUUUGAAGCUUCUGGAGCAAGUAAUGCCUUUCCAGGAGAACUUUCUCCAGACACAACCAGAAAUGGUGAAUCUGGGAGACUGAGACCCAGAUAUCCAAGCAUAGUCUUUGAGCUUGAAGUAAGAAGAGAAUUUUCGCCGAGAGACCGCAUAGCUAGUAGACCUCAGUUAACAUUUGAGAUGCCAAACAACACUGUCACUUUAGAAAGUGAACAAGGAGGACUCAGAAAUACAUCUUCACAUUCUGAGCAGGCAGGGGUGAGAAAUUAUGGCAGAACCGUGAGAAUCCCUUCUCAUAGAAUUACAACAUCUGCUGCAACUCAGAGCACAUUAAGGCAAAUAAUGACAGGAUUUGAUGAGUCAAUUAACCUUUCGGGCAGUGAUUCAAAUCCUAGACCCCAAUCAAGUUCCUCACCAAUUUCCAGGUCAAGCUCCAGGUAUAUGUCUAGUUCCAGUUUUCAUCCUAUGUCCAGUUCCAGCUCCAGUAGUGAAUAUUCAGAAAUUUUCUCAUUGAUCCUUGAAGAAAUUAAUGAAGAAAGCUCACCAUCAGAGGCCAGGCAAGAAACGACCUCUGAUGAAGAUGACGCACAGCUCUUCCCUAAUCGUCCUCAGUUUUUCAUCUUAAAUGAAGAUGAUCAUGACCAACCUGCAGGACUCACCAAAGCACAGAUUGAGAACUUGGCAGUAAGAACUUUUGGUGAAAAUGAUGCAUUAACAUCCUGUUGUGUUUGCACUACAGAAUACACAGAAGGCAACAAGCUUCGCAUACUACCUUGUUCCCAUGAAUAUCAUGUCAAUUGCAUUGAUCGCUGGCUGUCUGAGAACUCUACGUGUCCUGUUUGUCGGCGUAAAGUAAUAGAUUCUAGUGACAGUGAAAAUUCUAGCUGA